AUGAACAGGUCUGGCGGGCCCCCGGGGGAGGAGCUCACAGAUGAGGAGAAGGAGAUCAUCAACGGCGUACUGGCUCGUGCGGCCAUGAUGGAGGCCAUGGAACAAGAGAGGAUUGAGCGUCUCUCCAGUCGCCUGGAUGACAUCAAGAAGACAGCGUGCGGUGAUGGACAGUCACGCUGUCUCCUGUGUGGGGCGUCAUUUGGACCACAUGGGGUCACAGCUGUCCUCUGCGUGCAGUGCAAAAAGCACAUGUGUAGCAAAUGUGGGAUCUGCAGCAACAGCAGGACGUGUCCUAUCUGGCUGUGCAGAAUCUGCGAUGAACACCAAGAGAUACACAAGCGUUCAGGAGCUUGGUUCUUCAAGGGAAGAGAACAGCAGGGUCUGCCUGCCCCCCUCCCUCUGUCCAGACCACCACAGUCCAGCACUGAGAACAGCCCUGCUCCAGUGGGCCACGAUGGACCACAGGAACCUACAACACAUCAUCCGAGACAUGAGCCGCGGCAGCAGCAGUCCUGUGGAUCAGAACAAUGGGAGCAGACAGCAAGAACAACAGCUGACAGCUACAAUGAGAGUCAGUCCCGUCCAGCAGCUGUAACGAAGACGGAGGGACCCGCGUUAGCCUCCAAACCACCUCAGGCAAACGCACAGCAGGCCGCCCCCGCCUCAGUGUCCCCUCCAGCCGUGGAGCAGAAAAGACAACCUGUUGUCUCCAGUUCCAUUUCGUCUCACCUUCCUACAACCACAUCUAUUCCGCCUGUUAACCCCCCUGCCAACAAUCCGGCUCCCCCAAGACCAACACCAGAUCGAACGGAGGAUGAGGACAAUGACUACGACUCGGACGAUGCCACUACUCUGGGCUCACUGGAGUUCAGUCUUCUUUACGAGCAGGAGAGCCACGCCCUACACUGUUGUAUCAUUAAAGCUAAGGGUUUAAAGCCAAUGGACUCAAACGGACUCGCUGACCCGUACGUUAAGCUGCACCUGUUACCUGGAGCCAGUAAGUCUAACAAGCUUCGCACCAAGACACUCAAAAACACUCUGAAUCCUGCGUGGAAUGAGACACUAACCUACCACGGUAUCACCGAUGACGAAAUGUCACGCAAAACUCUCCGGCUUUCAGUGAGUGACGAGGACAAGUUUGGACACAACGAAUUCAUAGGAGAGACACGAGUUGCCCUGAAGAAACUGACGUUUAACCAGAAGAAGAACUUCAAUGUUUGUUUGGAGAGAGUGAUCCCGGUGAAGAAGGCUGUAGGAGGCCCAGCCCGCGGCAUGGCUCUCUAUGAGGAUGAUAUGAAUGGAGGUGAAGAUUCAGAGGAAAGAGGUCGUAUCCUGGUGUCACUGAUGUACAACAGUCAGCAGAGUCGUCUUGUAGUGGGUGUGGUUCGCUGUGCUCACCUGGCUGCCAUGGACUCCAACGGAUACUCUGACCCGUUCGUCAAAGUAUGUCUUAAACCAGAUAUGGGUAAGAAAGCUAAAAACAAGACACAGAUAAAAAAGAAGACCCUCAAUCCAGAGUUUAACGAGGAGUUCAGCUAUGAAAUAAAACACGCUGAACUGGCCAAGAAAACCUUGGACAUCUCAGUCUGGGACUAUGACAUGGGCAAAUCCAAUGAUUUCAUUGGGGGAUGUCACUUGGGCAUCCAGGCUAAAGGAGAGUGUCUGAAGCACUGGUACGAAUGCCUCAAGAACAAAGACAAGAAGAUUGAGUGCUGGCAUGUUCUGCUAAAUGACAACACUGCUCAAUUUGAGGAUUAAGAGGUCAUCUCCUCUGCUAUGUAUUUUCUUUCUGUCUCUUUCCCCCUGUAGAAUAUUGUCUUCCUGUGGGCACAGGUAGACGGAUAUUAUUCUCUUGCUUUUAAGUGGGUUGUCCCAAGGUGCAAUGUGCGAGCUACAUUUCCAACAUUUUUCAGGUGACCAACAUGGAUGUUGACCCAGGGGCUCUUUGUACCAAGGAGUGACCUCUAAACAAAACCAGGAAGCUGUCAUUGUGCCAUUUUCACUGGUGUCAUAUCAUAAACUGUAUCACAUAACGAAUAAACCUUACCUGACAGGCGGUAAUGAUUGAAUAGAGUGAUCACCCUAUUUUAUGGAGAAGAUAAAAACCCUUGUUAUCAUUUAGGACAGUAUGUUGUAAUGACAUGUGCCUCCCAGCUCAGACCCAACGGAGAGAAUUCCCAGCUUUCUGUCUCUGACCUUUUUUCCCCAUAUUGCUCUGUGCACCUGUCAUAUGAGAUCAUGUACUGCGCUAUCAGCUGAUCUGCGUGACCACGUUGUUCAAGUGCUUGCAUCAACAAAACCUGCAUUUCACUUGUAUUAUUGUGCACAAUUGCCGUGCAUCAUGCAAAUGUUAAUUAUACGGGACGCAUCCAGAUGUUUGGUCGCUAAAAUGACGUGAACAAGCUCUCUGUUUUGUUGUUGAUGUAACAUGCAUAUGCGUCUUGACACAGAUAAAAAUGUUGGUCUCAUUAUCAGUGCUAUCGCUAUAGUUCCUCUUCUUCUCCUGUGCCUGUGUGAGCUUUCUGUCUUUCUGCUGGAGAAAUCAAAAAGCCCAGGAUACUUAUGCGCGACAUCUUAUUAUGAAGAACAAAUUCAAUUACGCAACGCAAGAGCUGUUCCAGAAAACUCAUUAAAUAUUCCUCCACGGAUGAAUUUGAUGGAUAUAUUCUAACGCAAGGUUAGCUGGUCUGCACUCAUGUUUUCAGCGACAUAUCCAACAUUUUUCUCUCUGUAUUCAUAUAAAUGCAUGUCUGAACUCAUAUUGUUGCAUACACGUGGCUAA